GAUCGGGUGAUGCGUAACCCGAACUGUCAGCUCCCCGGGGAAGGGGGGCAACAGCAUGGCUCCUAAGAAGGAGAGCCGUAGGUCCCCCCAACUCCCCAGACACACACUGGCACCCCUGCAACCUCUGAGCGCAAACACCCUCGUGGCUUUUCUUUUCCAGGGAUAAGGUCCCCAAGUGGGUCCACGCAGUGAUGCGAGUGGCGGUGCGGGAGCUGGAAGGCUCCCUGCCCCAGCCCUACGCCGAUGAGAUCCGCGGCAUGUGCGACGUCCUGGGCUUCAGCCUGGCGGACUGCAUCCUCAUCAACCUGGCCUACGAGUCCACCGCAUUCUGCACCAGUAUUGUGGCUCAAGACUCCAAAGGCCACAUUUACCAUGGCCGGAAUCUGGAUUAUCCAUUUGGGGAUUUCUUACGCAAAAUGACUAUGGAUGUACAAUUCUUAAAGAACGGGCAGGUUGCAUUCACUGGAACCACUUUUAUUGGCUAUGUAGGAUUAUGGACUGGUCAAAGUCCUUACAAGUUUACAAUCUCUGGCGACGAACGAGAUAAAGGCUGGUGGUGGGAGAAUGCGAUCGCUGCCUUUUUUCAGAGACACUCUCCGAUCAGCUGGCUUAUCCGCACUACCCUGAGCGAAUCGGAAAACUUCGAAGCAGCUGUUGACAAACUGGCCAAGACUCCGCUUAUUGCUGAUGUGUACUACAUUGUUGGCGGCAUGUCCCCCCGGGAAGGAGUGGUCAUCACGAGGAACAGAAGAGGCCCGGCAGACAUUUGGCCUCUAGAUCCUUUAAAUGGAGCGUGGUUCCGAGUGGAGACAAAUUAUGACCACUGGAAGCCAGCGCCUGCGAGGGAUGACCGAAGAACACCCGCCAUCAAAGCCCUUAACGCCACGGGCCAGGCCAACCUCAGCCUGGAGGCCCUCUUCCAGGUUUUGUCGGUGUUUCCGGUGUAUAACAACUUCACGGUUUAUACUACAGUAAUGAGCGCUGCCACCCCAGACAAGUACAUGACGAGGGUCAGAAACCUGGGUUAAAAGGAAGUAAGCAGAAGAGUGAACUCACUUGCUAUGAAAGGCUGAACUUUCUCCACCUCUCUGUCCCAUAUCUGGUGAAGAUGGUUACUCCACAGCUCCCCAGUUCAUAUCUUCCUGGUUUAAGAAGCUGAAAAAGAAAAACAAAUACACAUUCAUGGAGGGAGAAUUUGGCCCAUGUUGAGUGUGACCCCUAGUCCAAUCAACUCUAGGCAAGACAGAAACAUUUAGAAAAGGAAAAAUAAAGUUUACUUACAAAAAGUACAAGAGAACAGAUUUCCCAAAUUAAAACAAAAACAAAAAA